AUGAUUCGACAUUUCUUAUUAAAUAAUACAUCUUUCUGUUCGAAAUAUUCAUCUUAUUUAUUAUCAUUUUAUAAAAAACAAAUCAUUUCCUUAGCAUAUUAUCAUAGUGAUUCAAUUGAAGGAAAUCUAUUUGAUGAAACAGUUGAACAAGAACAACGACUUUCAUCUCAAGAGGCAACAAAAAUUUUACAAACACAUGAAGCUAGUAUUGAUCUUGAAGUCAAUUGUCCAGUGAAAUAUUAUGAGGUUAAUUAUCUCGGUGCUAAUAAUCCUCCGGAUGCAGGCAUAUAUCAUUCGAUAAGAAUGAUUGUGACUGAGCUACGUUUAUUAAUUUUUGUCUUUAUUAUUUUCCUACUAACAAUACCAACAAGUAUUGUUGACGCUGCUGCUGGUCGAUGUUAUUUAUGUUCAGAAAAGACACUUGCUGCAUGUGCUGGUACUGUUCAAUCAGAUUCACCUAUUUAUACAUCUGUUCUUCAAUUUUAUACCGAACCAUGUAAUGGUCAAUGUGUUUUAUUUCGAAAUGAAAAUAAAUCAACAAUACGUGGAUGUUCAUGGACAUAUGGUCAUAUGACACCAAAAUCAACUGGAUGGUAUGAAUUGACUCCGGGUAUACAAGCGUAUUUUUGUGAUAGUUUUCUAUGUAAUAAUGGUACUUAUGAACAACCAGAAACAUCAAUGAUAAGAAAAGGAAUAAUAAAGAAUGAAUUCAAACGACCUCCUAAACAAACACUUACUCCUCAACAAUUAUUCAUCCUAGCAGGAAAUACUCCUAUAAUGAUGCAUACUGAUCAACCUUUAAUUCCUAUCAGUACUGUACCACGUCAAUUACGUCAAUGCUAUUCGUGCACAGCUCGUUCAACUGGUUGUGGUGAAUAUCUGGAUCCACAUCAUGUAUCAAAGUAUAUUCGUCCAUGUGCAUCAAGUUGUGUAGUCUUUCGAAAUCCAAAUGAUCAUAAUUUAAUUACACGAGAUUGUUCAACAACAUGGCCACAAAUACAUGCUAAAAGUGGUCUUCAUAAAUUACUUGGUUCAGAUGCAUUUUUCUAUGUAACGGCAUUAGUUUUGAUUUUAUCAUGGGUUUGUACUAAUUCUUGUUUAUUUUUUCUAAGAAUACUUUCAAUAUCCAUCAUUAUAUCAUAUUUAGGUAUUUUUCAUAAUCAAUUACCAGCUGUUAUUAAAUUUCCUCCAAUUUAUGCAAUCAAAAAUUCUUCAAUAAUAACUAUAAGUACUACAACAACAGUAACUACUACUACCACUGCUACUCUUCCAAUUAGUACAACUGUUGAUAUUGAUGAUAAUAAUAACGUCAUAUGGGAAGAUCCUGAUUCAGAUUUUUCUGUUUUUGAAACUACAACAACGACAAUACCAAUGACUAGUACUUCGUCGUCAUUUUUAACAGAAUUUCGAGAAGUUACAGAUGUUGCAUUUGAAUCAUCAAGUAUUUCAAUUCCAUCUAUUGAACAUUUUGAUUUUAUUGAAGAAUUUGGUGGUGGUAGUAGUACCAUAGCUGGUGGUUUAGCAGUUGCUCAACAAGAUUCGCAACUUAAUUGGUGGGAUUUAAAUGAUGCUUCAUAUCCACCAGUUAUUGAAUCUAAUAAUUUUCCUUCAACAACAACAACAAUAAGAACGAGUACUUCUACAUUAAUUUCAUCAACAAAUGAUUUAACACAUGUAGACCAAGAUGAAUGGUCAGUAUUUGAUACAACUACAAUACCACCAAUCACACGUGUUGAACAUUUAUCAGAACCAAACUCUGAAUUAGAUUUUGAUAUGAAUGAUUAUUUUCUUAAUCCUACAUUAUCAACAACACCAAAUAUGAAUUUUAUAAACAAUAAUAAUAAUAAUAAUAAUAAUGAUACUUCAUCAUUUGUUCCAUAUUAUUUUACUGAUUAUAAACCAAGAGAACAAUUAUUCGAUUUAAUAAAACCAAUGCCAACAUUAGCUAUGCCACCAUUUUCUUGGAUGUUACAGUUAGCAAAUCAAAAUGAAGGUCAAUUACAAAAUCAAAAAACAUUAAUUAAUAAAAUUUUAUCAACAACUUCAUCAACAAUUGCGACCAUGAAAAAUAACAAAAACAAGAGAAUCGAAUCAAAAACCUUGAUAAAUAAUAAUAAAGCAUACGACUAUUUAUAUGAGUAUUGUAAUAAAAAACAGUGUCAAAAUGGAGGACAUUUAAAUUCUAAUUGUUUAUGUAUCUGUUUACCUGCAUUUAGUGGAAAUAAUUGUGAAAUAGUACAUUGCAAUAAAGAACCAGCACAUAUUUGUGAUUAUGUUCUUAAUCAUGAAUGUAAAAGUGAUUAUGUUCGUUACUUAUGUCCUAAAUUUUGUCAGAUGAAUAUUUGUUCUUCGAAUAAAUCAUCGUAA